AGUGGCAUGAUCUCAGCUCACUGCAAACUCCACCUGCCAGGUUCAAGUGUUUCUCCUCCCUCAGCCUCCUGAGUAGCUGGGAUUACAGGCACCCUCUACCACGCCCAACUAAUUUUUGUAUUUUUAAUAGAGACAGAAUUUCACCAUGUUGGCCAGGCCGGCCUUGAACUCUUGACCUCAAAUGAUCCACCCGCCUCUGCCUCCCAAAGUGCUAGGAUUACAGGCGUGAGCCACCACACGCAGCCUCUUUUCACUUUCUUGAUGGAGUCCCUUGAAGCACAAAAAUUUAAAAUUUUGUAAAUCUAGUUUACUAGUAUUUCUUUCUGUUACUUGUGUUGUUGGCAACAAAUCCAAGGUCACAAAGAUUUACUUGUAUUCUAAUAAUUUUAUAGUUUUAGUUCUUAACGUUUAGUUCUGUAAUUCAUUCUGAGUUAAGUUUUGCAUAUGGCAUGAGGGCUCCAGUGUCAUUCUUGUUACGUAACUAUUCAGUUAUUCCAGCUUCAUUUGUUGAAAAGACUUUCAUCUUGGCACCCUGUUGAAGGUCACUUGAUCGUAAAAUGAAUUAUUUCUGGACUCUCAAUUCUGUUCUGUUGAUACUAUGGGUUCAUCAUUAUGCCACUUCCACACUGUCUUGAUUACUUCAGCUUUGUUGUAGUAAGUUUGGAAUCAGUAUGAGCCUUCCUUCAAGAUUGCAUUGGCUGGAUAACCAGAGACUAAUUAUUAAAAAAAAUUUUUUUUAAAGAUUGCAUUGACUAUUCUGGUUGCAUUUCUAUGUGAAUUUUUGGAUCAGCUUGUCAAUUUCAGCAACAAGGCAGCUGAGAUUUUGAUAGGAACAGUGUUGAAUAUGUAGGCCAGUGUGGACAGUAUUGCAUUUUAUAAUAUUAAGUCUUCCAGUUCAUGAACAUGGAAUCUUUUUCUAUUUAUUUAGGUCUUUAAUUGUUUUCAAAGACGUUAUGUAGUUUUCAGUGUGUAAUUAUACUGCUUUUGUGGAAUUUAUUCCUAAAACUUUUUGAUGCUAUGUAGGUGGAAUUGUUUUCUUGAUUUACUUUUUGGGUUGUCCACUGCUACUGUAUAGAAAUACAGUAGAUUUUUUUUUAAAGUUUUUUAAAAAUUGUGAAAUAUGUAAAAUUUACCAUCUUAUCCAUUUUAAAUGAUGUAGUUUGGUGGCAUUAAGUCAAUUCACAUUGUUGUGCAGCCAUCACCACCAUCCAUCUCUGCAACUCUUCAUCUUGUAAAAUGGAAACUCUAUACCCGUUAAGUCAUAACUCCUUAUUGCCUUCAGCUCUUGGCAGCCACCAUUCUACCUUCUGUCUCUAUGCAUUUGAUUAUUCUAGAUACUUCAUUAGUGGAGUCACAGAGUGUUUGUCCUUUUGUGACUGGCUUAUUUCACUUAGCAUAGUGUCCUCAAGAUUUGUCCAUAUUGUAGCGUGUGUCAGCCAAUUGAUUUUUGUAUGUUGAUACUGUGUUCUGCAGCUGUGCUGAACAUGUUCAUUAGUUCCAGUAGUCUUUAUGUAUAUGGAUUCAUUAGGACUUUCUGUAUACAAGAGCCUGUCAUCUGUGAAUAGAGAUAGUUUUACAUCUUCUUUUCCAAUUUUGGUGCGUGCUUACUCACACACGCACUCUCUUUUUUCUGACUGGAACCUCCAGCUCAAUGUUGAAUAGGAAGUGGCGAGAUCAGACAUCCUUGUCUUGUUCCUAAUCUUGAGGAAAAGUAUACAGUCUUUAUCAUUAUGUAUGUUGUGAGCUGUGGGCCUUUAUCAGGUUAAGGAAGUUUUCUUUUAUUCCUAUUUUGAGUGUUUUGUCUUGUAAAAGGAUACUGGAUUUUGUCAGAUGCUUUUUCUGUGUCUCUUGAAAUCAUCAUGUAGCUUUGUCCUUCUUUCUAUUAACAUGGUGUAUUUCGUUGAUUUUCAUGUUAAAGCAAUCUUGCAUUCCUGGGAUAAAUCCACUUUGUGUAGUCCUGUUUGUAUGUUGCUAGAUUUGGUUUGUUACUCUUUUGUUGAGGAGUUUUAUGUUUGUAUUCAUAAGGGUUAUUGGCCUAUAGAUUUAUCUUUUGAUACCUAGGUUCCCUUUUGGUACCUGGUACCUGAUUUGCUCUGGUUUGCAAUCUGGGACCUUUAGCUGUUGGUUUUAUGUCCACCUAAUUCUGCAUUGUACAAUAAUAAUUGUUUUUAUGUAUUCAGUUUUAUUUUCUACUGUAUGCACUUCCUCCUUUGGCUGCAACCUUCUUUGCAUCCUAACCUUAGCUUAGUGCAGUGCUUUGUGCCUAGUCUCUCAUGGCUAGCAAUUAGUGUACACUUUUUACAUUUUAUUUAUUUAUUUUUCGGGGGACAUGGUCUUGCUCUGUUGCCUAGGCUGGAAUACAGUGGUGUGAUCGUGGCUCACUGUAGCAUUGAAUUCUUGGGCUCAGGUGAUCCUCGUGCUUCAGCCUCCUGAGUAGCUGGGACUACAGGCAUGUGCCAGCUACUGGCUAAUUUUUUAAUUUUUGUAGAGACAGGGUCUUGCUGUGUUGCCCAGGUUUGUCUCAAACUCCUGGCCUCAAGUGAUCCUACCACCUUGGCCUUCCAGAGCACUGGGAUUAUAGGUGUGAGCCACCACACCUAGUCCCACUGUACACUUUAUACGUGCAUCUGUUAAGUACUUCAUCUGCAUUACCCAAUUAAAUCUUCACAACCACCCAUUGAGGGAGGUACAGUUUGAGACGUCUCAUAAAUUAGAUGAUGAAGGCUUCAGAGAAAUAAAAUACAUUGCUUAAGGUUACACAUGUAGAUGGUGGAAUUGAGGUUUAAGACCACUUCUAUUUGACAUUUGGACCUAGGGGUCUUCACUGCAUGUUCUGCUGCCUAGGAAAUGCUUGUUUGAAUAGAUUGGAAUUGAACUGGUCCUUAAAGGAGAAGUAACAUAUGGGUAAGAGUAAGAGUUAAAAGAGUGCAUUUUUGGCAGUGGUAUUGGGGUUACAGUGUUAGUAAAGGCAAGGAAGCAGGAAUUGGAAUCUAAUUAGAGUGCCAAGUGACAGGGAGUAUUGUACAAGUAGGACUGUUUUUUGUCCCCAGAGCAGUAAUUAGUCCUAUUUGGAAGAGUGAGAUUAACAUCUAAAAUAAUUAGAAAAUGUCUGGGCGCAGUGGCUCACGCCUGUAAUCCCAGCACUUUAGGAGGCCGAGACAGGUGGAUCACCUGACGUCAGGAGUUUGAGACCAGCCUGUCCAACAUGGUGAAAUCCUGUCUCUACUAAAAAUACAAAAAUUAGCUGGGUGUGGUGGCAGGUACCUGUAGUCCCAGCUGCUCAGGAGUAUUGUACAAGUAGGCAGGAGAAUCACUUGAACCGGGGAGGCGGAGGUGGCAGUGAGCCGAGAUCGAGCCAUUGCACUCCAACCUGGGUGACAAAGCAAGAUGCUGUCUCAAAUAAAAUAAAAUAAUUAGAAAAUGAGUAUUGUUUAAUUAGAGGUCAAGGAUGAGGUUUGUUUGGAUUGGGAAGAAUCAUAAAGGCACUACUAAUUAAGCCUUAAAAGAAGAGUAGGAUUUGGGUGGGUAGAUGUAGCAAACUGAGUUUUGGGUCAACCUUACCACAGCCUUGUACCAUCUGACAAGUCAUUAGGACUUUCUGAUCCUCAAUUUCUUUAACUGUCAAAGGGGAAUAAUACCAGUGCUGUGUUUCAGAGUUGUGAGUUCAAAAUGGAUAAUAUCAGAGUGCUUUGUAAAUUGUAGGUGUUUCUGUCCUUAUGGUGGAGUAUCUAUUGUUUUCUAAGUUUCUAAACUAACUUUCCUCAAUCUGAGCUUUUAAUUAAUAUAUUAUUAUUAUUUUUGAGAAAGGGCUUUACUCUGUCACCCAGGCUGGAGUGCAGUGUGGAAAUGAUCUUAGCUCACUGUGCGACCUCUGCUUUCCUGGCUCAAGUGAUCUUCCCGCCUCAUCCUCUUGAGUAGUUGGGACUAUAGGCGUGCACCACCACACCCAGUUAAUUUUUAUGUAUUUGUAGAGACAGGGUUUUGCCAUGUUGCCCAGGCUGGUCUUGAACUGCUGGGCCCAAGCAAUCUGCCUUGGCCUCCCAGAGUGCUAGAAUUGCAGGCAUGAGCCACCGUGCCCUGCAGAGCUUUUUAUUUUGAAUUAAUUUCCGAUGUAGAGAAAUGCAAGAAUAGAACAAAGAACUUCUGAAUAUCCUUAACCCUUAAUCCUCAAAUAUUAACAUUUAAUCACAUUUACUUUAUUCCCUCAUUUUUUAUACAUACUGUUUUUUACCAUUUAAGAGUAACUUACAGACAUGAUACCCCUCUAAUCCUGAACACUUAGUUAAAGAUAUUUUCUUGGUAACUACAGUACCAUUAUGAAAAUGGGCACAGUAACAUUGGCACAGUCUUAAUAGCAGAUCUACAGAUCUUACUCAGAUUUUGCCAGUUGUCUCAAUAAUUCCCUUUAGAGCCAAACAAAAUCUAGUUUUUCCUGGUCAAGUCUUCAAUCCAAGAUCACAGGUUGCAUUUAGUUUUCAUGUUUGUUUAGUUGCCUGCAUUCUGGAAGUUUCUUAGUUUCUGUUCUUCAGGACCUUGAUAUAUUUAAAGAAUACAGGCUAGUUACUUUGUAGAAUGUCCCUCAGUCUGUGUCUGUCCGAUAUUUCCUUAUGACCUGAUCAGGUUAUGCAGUUUUGGCAGGAAUAGUACAGAACUGAUGUGGUGUUCGCAGUACAUCAUGUCAGGAGAUGCCUGAUAUCCUUUUAUCCCAUUAUUGGUGAUGGUUAACUUCAACUGCUUGGGUAAGGUGGUCUCUGUCAGGUUUCAUCACUGCAAAGUUAGUAUUUUUCCCUUUGUAAUUAAUAACACUAUUGUUGGGAGAUACUUUGAGAGUAUGUAAAUGUCUUGUUUCUCAUCAACGUGCUUGCCUUAACCAGUAGGGCCAAAUAGUGAUUUUUAAAGUCAACCAUUCUUCUUACAUUAGUUGAUAAUUUACUGUAAGAUUUGAUACUUCUCUCCAUUCACUCACUCAUUCAUUCAUAUUAGUAUGGGCCCAUGGGUUCUUAUUUUAUUCAGUUGUUUGUAAUUUUUUAUUAGCAUAAUUUAUCGCUCAAAUUAUGGUGCUAGUGGAAGCCCCUUUCAAGCUCAACUUCCCACUUUUUGAGAUCCAUACUGUCAUCUGGAUCCUUACUGCUACCUGUUUGUGUGCUAUUCUCCUUCCUUCCUAAGGGGAAGACAUGUCAGCUAAAGCUAAGCUAAGAAAUAUACAGCAUUGCUGCCACUCUGUCUAUUGUCCUCUUUUCUCAUCAUACUCUGUCACAAAUAUAUGUAUUUUAUUAAUUUGUAUAUGUACACAUCUCCAGAAUUUCUUUAUGCACAUACAAGGACAUGUAAAUAUAUAUAUAUUCAUAUCCUUCUCAACACAAAAAGAUAGCACACUGAGCCUUAGAUUUUGUUUUUCCAGUUAACUUUAAGCCUUCCUGAUCCUUUCACAUCAGGGUGUAGAGGAGACCUUUGUUUUGCAGCUGCAUAAUAUUCCAUUUUAUGGAUAUAUCCAUUUUAUUUAACUACUGUAUUUGCAGAUAAUUGUCAGUUAUUGUAAAUAGCAUGUUCCCCACCCUUCGAUACGAUGACCCCUUUCCACUUCCAGAUAACUGUUAGUUGUCCGUACUUUAAAAAAAAAAUGCAAAACUUCAUUUUAUCCUGUUCUCUUCAUUUUACAGCUGUAGCUUUUGAAAAACUGAUCCAAAUCUCCAACUUCCUUACCUAUUUUUGCUCCAGUUCAGUUUUCAUCUCUACUGUCUGGUGAAUUCUAUAGUUUUGAAGGUUGCUAGGGACUUCCUGUUGUGUAGUGCUAGACAGGUUUUGGUGAUUAAUUUAGGUAGGAGGAUAAAAAUGAGAAAAGGAAUGGGGGGUGGUAGUCAAAUGGGAAAAGAGGAAGACUGGAAGGAAAUAGAAGAAGGUGGGAUCUGCACGGGAGAAAGUAGGAGAACAGAAUGUUUUUUGGCAGAAGAUGUGAAGUGUAUUUUUAUUUCUAGCUUGUAACAUACAGCUGGCUUCUAUGUGAGGAUGAGCUGGCUUGUGAUGUGUUCCUGACUGAUAGGCUAGUUGGGCCCUCAGGAAAGUUGCUUCCUGUUUUCUGUCUCCUAAAGCAAAAUAGAGACGCCUAACCCCUUGUCCCAUUAUUGUCAUUUCUCCCUCUGUUGCCAGGGUGGCAAGCAGUGGCACAAUCAUAGCUCACUGCAGCCUCCAACUCCUAGGCUCAGUUGAUUCUUGGGCCUCAGCCUCCCGUGUAGCUGAGACUACAGGGAUUUAGUGCAAGAAGAAGAACAGUUGAUGGAAGAAAAGAAAAAGAAAAAAGACGACAAGAAAAAGAAGGAAGCUGCUCAAAAGAAGGCCACUGAACAAAAAAUCAAAGUGCCAGAACAGAUAAAGCCCAGUGUAAGCCAGCCUCAGCCUGCCAACUCUAAUAACGGCACUUCCACAGCAACCAGCACUAAUAAUAAUGCCAAGCGAGCUACAGCCAACAAUCAGCAGCCACAGCAGCAGCAGCCACAGCAGCAGCCACAGCAGCAGCAGCAACAACAGCAGCAGCCGCAGCAGCAGCCGCCGCAGCAGCAGCCACAGCAGCAGCCACAGGCCUUGCCUCGGUAUCCUCGUGAAGUACCUCCACGAUUUCGCCACCAGGAACACAAACAGCUUCUAAAGAGGGGUCAGCAUUUUCCUGUUAUAGCAGCAAACCUUGGAUCUGCUGUUAAAGUGUUAAACAGCCAGUCAGAAAGCAGUGCUUUAACAAAUCAACAGCCACAAAAUAACGGAGAGGUGCAGAACAGCAAAAACCAGUCAGAUAUAAACCACAGUACUUCAGGAUCCCAUUAUGAAAAUCCCCAGCGGGGACCUGUGUCUUCUACAAGUGAUUCUAGCACAAACUGUAAGAAUGCUGUUGUAAGUGACUUGUCGGAAAAAGAAGCAUGGCCCUCAGUCCCUGGCAGUGAUCUGGAGUUGGCUUCAGAAUGUAUGGAUGCUGAUUCUGCCUCCAGUUCUGAAUCAGAAAAAAACAUCACUAUCAUGGCUUCAGGGAACACAGGUGGUGAAAAAGAUGGCCUUCGGAAUAGCACUGGACUUGGUUCCCAAAACAAGUUUGUAGUUGGUAGCAGCAGCAAUAAUGUGGGCCACGGAAGCAGUACUGGGCCAUGGGGUUUUUCCCAUGGAGCCAUAAUAAGCACAUGUCAGGUCUCUGUGGAUGCUCCUGAAAGCAAAUCUGAAAGUAGCAACAAUAGAAUGAAUGCUUGGGGCACUGUAAGUUCUUCAUCAAAUGGAGGGUUAAAUCCAAGCACUUUGAAUUCAGCUAGCAACCAUGGUGCCUGGCCAGUAUUAGAGAACAAUGGACUUGCCCUAAAAGGGCCUGUAGGGUGUGGUAGUUCUGGCAUUAAUAUUCAGUGCAGUACUAUAGGCCAGAUGCCUAACAAUCAGAGUAUUAACUCUAAAGUGAGUGGUGGUUCUACCCAUGGUACCUGGGGAAGCCUUCAGGAAACUUGUGAAUCUGAAGUAAGUGGUACACAGAAGGUUUCAUUCAGUGGUCAACCUCAAAAUAUUACCACUGAAAUGACUGGACCAAAUAACACUACUAACUUUAUGACCUCUAGUUUACCAAACUCCAGUUCAGUGCAGAAUAAUGAGCUGCCUAGUAGUAAUACAGGGGCCUGGCGUGUGAGCACAAUGAAUCAUCCUCAGAUGCAGGCUCCAUCAGGUAUGAAUGGCACUUCCCUUUCUCACCUUAGCAAUGGAGAGUCAAAAAGUGGAGGCUCUUAUGGUACUACAUGGGGUGCCUAUGGUUCUAAUUACUCUGGAGACAAAUGUUCAGGCCCUAAUGGCCAAGCUAAUGGUGACACUGUGAAUGCAACUCUAAUGCAGCCUGGCGUAAAUGGUCCUAUGGGCACUAACUUUCAAGUUAACACAAACAAAGGAGGUGGUGUGUGGGAAUCUGGUGCAGCAAACUCCCAGAGUACAUCAUGGGGAAGUGGAAAUGGCGCAAAUUCUGGAGGAAGUCGAAGAGGAUGGGGAACUCCUGCACAAAACACUGGCACUAAUUUACCCAGCGUUGAGUGGAACAAACUGCCUAGCAAUCAGCAUUCCAAUGACAGUGCAAAUGGCAAUGGUAAGACGUUUACAAAUGGAUGGAAAUCUACUGAGGAAGAGGAUCAGGGUUCUGCCACAUCUCAGACAAAUGAGCAAAGCAGUGUGUGGGCCAAAACAGGAGGUACAGUAGAGAGCGAUGGUAGUACAGAAAGCACUGGAUGCCUUGAGGAAAAAGGAACUGGGGAAAGUCAGAGUAGAGACAGAAGAAAAAUUGAUCAGCACACGUUACUCCAAAGCAUUGUAAACAGAACUGACUUAGAUCCACGUGUCCUGUCCAACUCUGGUUGGGGACAGACUCCUAUUAAGCAGAAUACUGCCUGGGAUACAGAAACAUCACCUAGAGGGGAACGAAAGACUGACAAUGGGACAGAGGCCUGGGGAAGCUCUGCAACACAGACUUUUAACUCAGGGGCAUGUAUAGAUAAGACUAGCCCUAAUAGUAAUGAUACCUCAUCUGUAUCAGGGUGGGGUGAUCCCAAACCUGCUCUGAGGUGGGGAGAUUCCAAAGGCUCAAACUGCCAGGGAGGGUGGGAAGAUGAUUCUGCUGCUACAGGAAUGGUCAAGAGCAAUCAGUGGGGGAAUUGCAAAGAGGAGAAGGCUGCAUGGAAUGACUCGCAAAAGAACAAACAGGGAUGGGGUGAUGGACAAAAAUCAAGCCAAGGGUGGUCUGUUUCUGCCAGUGAUAACUGGGGAGAAACUUCAAGGAGUAACCAUUGGGGUGAGGCCAAUAAGAAAUCCAGCUCAGGAGGUAGUGAUAGUGACAGGUCCGUUUCCGGUUGGAACGAACUUGGUAAAACUAGUUCUUUUACUUGGGGAAACAACAUAAAUCCAAAUAAUUCAUCAGGAUGGGAUGAAUCUUCUAAACCUACUCCUUCCCAGGGAUGGGGAGACCCUCCAAAGUCUAAUCAGUCUCUAGGUUGGGGAGAUUCAUCAAAGCCAGUCAGUUCUCCAGACUGGAACAAGCAACAAGACAUUGUUGGAUCUUGGGGAAUCCCACCAGCUACAGGCAAACCUCCUGGUACAGGCUGGCUGGGGGGACCUAUACCAGCCCCAGCAAAAGAAGAAGAACCCACAGGCUGGGAGGAACCAUCCCCAGAAUCUAUACGUCGCAAAAUGGAGAUUGAUGAUGGAACUUCAGCUUGGGGAGAUCCAAGCAAAUACAACUACAAAAAUGUGAACAUGUGGAACAAAAACGUCCCAAAUGGCAACAGCCGUUCAGACCAGCAAGCACAGGUACAUCAGCUGCUAACGCCUGCAAGUGCCAUCUCAAACAAAGAGGCAAGCAGUGGCUCUGGCUGGGGUGAGCCCUGGGGGGAGCCUUCUACUCCAGCCACAACUGUGGAUAAUGGUACUUCAGCAUGGGGUAAGCCCAUAGACAGUGGUCCCAGCUGGGGGGAACCCAUUGCUGCGGCAUCCAGCACAUCCACGUGGGGCUCCAGCUCUGUUGGUCCACAAGCAUUAAGCAAAUCUGGGCCAAAAUCUAUGCAAGAUGGCUGGUGUGGUGAUGAUAUGCCAUUGCCUGGAAAUCGCCCCACUGGCUGGGAAGAGGAAGAGGAUGUAGAGAUUGGAAUGUGGAAUAGUAAUUCAUCUCAAGAGCUUAACUCAUCUUUAAAUUGGCCACCAUAUACAAAGAAAAUGUCAUCGAAGGGUCUGAGUGGCAAAAAAAGGAGAAGGGAAAGGGGAAUGAUGAAAGGUGGAAACAAACAAGAAGAAGCGUGGAUAAAUCCAUUUGUUAAACAGUUUUCAAAUAUCAGUUUUUCGAGAGACUCACCAGAGGAAAAUGUACAAAGCAAUAAGAUGGACCUUUCUGGAGGAAUGUUACAAGACAAACGAAUGGAGAUAGAUAAACAUAGCCUAAAUAUUGGUGAUUACAAUCGAACGGUCGGGAAAGGCCCUGGUUCUCGGCCUCAGAUUUCCAAAGAGUCUUCCAUGGAGCGCAAUCCUUAUUUUGAUAAGGAUGGCAUUGUAGCAGAUGAAUCCCAAAACAUGCAGUUUAUGUCCAGUCAAAGCAUGAAGCUUCCCCCUUCAAAUAGUGCACUACCUAACCAGGCCCUUGGCUCCAUAGCAGGGCUGGGUAUGCAAAACUUGAAUUCUGUUAGACAGAAUGGCAAUCCCAGUAUGUUUGGUGUUGGAAACACAGCAGCACAACCCCGGGGCAUGCAGCAGCCUCCAGCACAACCUCUUAGUUCAUCUCAGCCUAAUCUCCGUGCUCAAGUGCCUCCUCCAUUACUCUCCCCUCAGGUUCCAGUUUCAUUGCUGAAGUAUGCACCAAACAACGGUGGCCUGAAUCCACUCUUUGGCCCUCAACAGGUAGCCAUGCUGAACCAGCUAUCCCAGCUAAACCAGCUUUCUCAGAUCUCCCAGUUACAGCGAUUGUUAGCGCAGCAGCAAAGGGCGCAGAGCCAGAGAAGCGUGCCUUCUGGGAACCGGCCGCAGCAAGACCAGCAGGGUCGACCUCUUAGCGUGCAGCAGCAAAUGAUGCAACAAUCUCGUCAACUUGAUCCAAACCUGUUGGUGAAGCAGCAGACUCCACCAUCUCAGCAGCAGCCACUCCAUCAGCCAGUCAUGAAGUCUUUCCUUGACAAUGUCAUGCCCCACACUACACCUGAGCUGCAAAAAGGGCCAUCACCAAUAAAUGCUUUCAGCAACUUCCCUAUAGGCUUGAACUCAAACUUGAAUGUAAAUAUGGAUAUGAACAGUAUUAAAGAGCCACAGUCAAGACUAAGGAAGUGGACGACAGUGGACAGCAUUUCUGUGAACACAUCUUUGGAUCAAAACUCCAGCAAACAUGGUGCUAUUUCAAGUGGUUUCAGGCUGGAAGAGUCUCCAUUUGUUCCCUAUGACUUUAUGAACAGCAGUACUUCACCAGCCAGUCCUCCAGGUUCAAUAGGAGAUGGCUGGCCACGUGCCAAAUCGCCUAACGGCUCUAGCAGUGUUAAUUGGCCACCAGAAUUUCGUCCUGGUGAGCCAUGGAAAGGUUAUCCAAACAUUGACCCUGAAACUGACCCUUACGUCACUCCUGGCAGUGUCAUAAACAAUCUUUCAAUUAAUACUGUGCGGGAAGUUGACCACCUCAGGGACAGGAACAGUGGGUCAUCCUCAUCCUUGAACACCACGCUGCCUUCAACUAGUGCCUGGUCAUCCAUUCGUGCCUCCAACUACAACGUUCCCCUCAGCAGUACAGCACAAAGCACUUCAGCCAGAAAUAGUGAUUCCAAAUUGACAUGGUCUCCUGGUUCAGUUACAAACACCUCUCUGGCUCAUGAGCUGUGGAAGGUCCCUUUGCCACCUAAAAACAUCACUGCUCCGUCCCGCCCACCUCCGGGACUGACUGGUCAGAAGCCACCCUUGUCUACGUGGGAUAAUUCUCCCCUUCGUAUAGGUGGAGGAUGGGGAAAUUCUGACGCCAGAUAUACCCCAGGUUCCAGCUGGGGUGAGAGCAGCUCAGGGAGAAUAACAAAUUGGCUUGUUCUAAAAAACCUUACACCUCAGAUCGAUGGCUCAACUCUGCGCACUCUGUGCAUGCAGCACGGCCCGCUGAUCACAUUCCACCUGAACCUCCCUCACGGAAAUGCUCUGGUCCGCUACAGUUCAAAAGAAGAGGUAGUGAAGGCACAAAAGUCUCUGCACAUGUGUGUACUGGGGAACACUACUAUUCUUGCUGAGUUUGCCAGUGAAGAGGAGAUCAGUCGUUUCUUUGCACAAAGCCAGUCUCUGACCCCUUCUCCCGGCUGGCAGUCUCUCGGGUCCAGCCAGAGCCGGCUGGGCUCCCUCGACUGUUCCCACUCAUUCUCCAGCCGGACCGAUCUCAAUCACUGGAAUGGUGCUGGGCUGUCGGGAACUAACUGUGGAGACCUUCACGGCACUUCACUCUGGGGGACCCCGCAUUAUUCCACAAGCCUGUGGGGUCCUCCAAGCAGCAGCGACCCCCGAGGAAUUAGCAGCCCAUCUCCCAUUAACGCUUUUCUUUCUGUUGACCACCUGGGUGGGGGUGGAGAGUCCAUGUAACAGUGUAGAUGCAGACUCACCGACCGGGACCUCAGACGCGAGGGAAAGGAGCACUAAGUGGGGCUCGCCGCCUGCAGCCAGGGGCCGCCUGUGGGAACAGCUAUUCUCUGCACAUUUUCCACUUUGUUUUCCCCAAAACAUAUCAGUUUGAAUACUUGAAUCAUGCAGGCCAAUAUUAUAAUGUGAAAAGGUAUCUACUCUAUUUACACUCCCAAAUAGCGCCAUACAUGCUAAACCGUAGAGAAUGAGCUCGCUUGUGUCUAUUCAUCAUGUUUAGCCUUUGGAUUCUUUUUUUUUUUUUUUUCCUUCUAUUCCUCCCCCCUCCCCACCCUUUUUUUUCUCUCUUGCAAAACCAUUUUUUGGGCUGAUAACGUAUGAGCUUUUCCCUUUGCACUGAAUGAUGUUCUCUCCGUCUCAUCGGCAGUAUGGGGGGCAGCUGUCCCAGUGUCAAUGUUUACUCAAGGGUGUUCUUAGGAGGCGUGCGCUCUCUACUAUGCCUUGAUGUUGCCUACCUUAUUGUGGUAUCGUGGAGUUUAAAGAUCAAGUUAGGAUGCUGACUUAGGAUUAUUAAUGAAAGUGUUGCACCAGUUUUUUCAUGUUGUAAAACUAAAGAAUUUCGCUCUGCAGUUUGAAAAACUGUGGCCACAGCUGUGACUUGCAGCCCACCUGCCACCCAGGACGGGCCCUGCACUUUGAAUAGGCUUUCCAUUUUGUUUUGGAGGUUCUCACGUUGAACCUUCUUGUUUACAGAUUUUUUUGUUUGUUUUUUGAGAAAAAAAAUGUUUACUCUUCCAUCAUUUAAAAAAAAUGUAAAAGACAAAAAAAAUGGAGGAUGAUUUAAAAGAUGCUUUCUAUCUCUGGGAAAAAGGAGCAGCAUUUGGCCAUGUUCUUUUGUUUUUCUAUUCCUGUCCCAAAUCAAAGAGCAUGGUUCUCAGGAAAACCAGUUCCCCAGUUUAAAAAAAAAAAAAAAAAAAAAAAAAAAAAAUCCUUGUAGUUUCUUAUAGGAAAAAAAGAAAAACCCCAACUUUUAGCACUGAUACUACAUAUUGCUCUGUUAAAGAAUUUUCUCUGCCAAAAAAAAAAGAAAAAACAAAAAAACGCUUAAAGCUGGAGUUUGACAUUCUGCUUUCAGAUGCUGUCUUUUUAUUAGUGAGUGAUGAUGGUUUGCUAAUAAUCAAUAGGUAAUAAUUUUUUGUAAUCCCAUCAAGUGGCUCCAUAUGUUUCUGCUCUCUUGUGACUGUGUUAAUAAUGUUUAACUGUUGUACCUUAAAGCCGAAAUCAGUAACUAUGCAUACUGUAACCAAGGUAUUGGGCUUACAGAGUUGUUUGUUGUAUAAAGAAAAUUUUAAAUGUUGUUGCAAACUAACGAGUUACACCAUUUUAAACUUUCUUUCCUCCCCCCUUUUUUUGCCCACAAAUGGUAUUAUAAUGCUUGCUUAGUCAAAGAAGAGAGACUAAACAAGGGUAAAAAUUUUAACAGUACAGAAUUUGCCAUCAUAUCAUUGCCUUGAUUCUAACUGUUUGUGUCCUAAGAUGCAAAAGAAGUCAGUGGCUUUUAACUGUUUACAAAUAGAAUGUGAUUGUAAAAUGUACAGUUUGGUUGUGUUUGAAUUAUGAAAUUUCUUCAGAUAUAAUAAACCAUGACUUUUUGGCUGCUCAACAUUAAUUGUCUCCUUUUUGUGAAUUUAUUUGUAGGCUCUUUUUUAUAAUGAAAGUUUCAAAGUUGCUACGUAUGAGGGUUCUCAUAGAGCAACCGAUUAAAAAUUUAAGCAAAUAUUUGAACAUUUUAUCUGAACUCAUCACAAUUUCACCCUGAAAUAAUGUGAGAACAAUGGGAAACUGUAGCUUGCUCCUUCCCACCCUCUCUGAGCAUCUUUGGGAUCUUGUUGCUCAAAACUCUUCUGUGACUUCAUCUUCCCCACCAUUUGUGCCCAUCUCAAGCCUCAGCAAGAAACCAUGUGGAACAUGAAGCUUAAUGACUUGACAGUGUACUAGUGUUAAACUCUCAUACCUCUGUUACAAAGCGAGAAACGCCACACCCGGACUGGCCUUUUCUUCCCCCUUCACCGCCCUCGCUUCUCCCUGCAGGAGCUCGGGGCGAAACCUGUGUAUGGAUUUCAGUGUAUGACUUCAGAUCAUGCUCCAACUUGCCAGGUGUAAGCUAAUGUUGUCGGACACCUUACUAUAAGCAAAUGUUAUUCAGUGCGUUCAAUGUAUAUUGACUUCCAUACUGGUUUUUCCAAAAACCAAAGGUAGCUUUGAAAAACCAUGUCUGGAAAUGUUUGGAGCGUUAAGCUGAUUGACCUUCUGACCUUGGGGCUUUGAGUAGUAUAUAAUUCAUAACUGCGUUAAUUGUAUUGUUAAAGUGUUUGGGAGUUUUUUGCGCUUGUUAUGUGGAAAUAAAGUGUUUGAUUUAAAAUUUUUUAAA